CUCGAAUUGUUGGGAGAUGUUGAUGUAUGAAUUUUAGCACUACGGGAAAAUGAUCAGCUACUAGUCGAGAGAACUUUUCCUCUACUAAGAAGUACACUAGUAUAUAGUACCGGGAAACAUUCCAUUAGUUAAUGGGUUAAUUGCAAGGUUGGUUAUUGAGAUUACUAAAAAACGUUCAUGUUUGGUCACUAAAAGUAUUUAAUUUCAUACGUGGUCACUUAAAUUAGUUAAAUACUUCAAGUUUGACCACUCUUCGUCCAACUCAGUGAACUUUUGCUUACGUGCCGGUCAACUGUAAAAGUUGAUCGUUAAAUGUGUGACCUGACAAUUACAAAAAAAUUAAUUUUUAGAUUUUCCACCUCAAUUAACCAGCCAGUCGACAACAAUCACACAACCCGUCGCCUCGUAGGGGGUCACAGCAGGUGAGGUCAGCCGGCCUCUCCACCUCAAUUAAAUUUUUAUGAAAUAUAUACCAAGAAAUUCAUAAAAAAAAAUAAACAAAAAGUAACUGUAUUUUUUUUCGUUGAACAAAAGUAACUGUAUUGGUACAAUACAACACAAGCAAUUUUAAAAACAACAUUAGAUAGUUUAUUUAUAAAAUUAGUUACCAACAGAUAAGUAAGGAUACCAAGUAAAUUUCUAUAAAAAAAGGAUACCAAGUAAAUUACUCUUUAAAAUCAUAAAUCCAUAAUCGUAAAAUCCAUAAAAAAAAAUCCAACAAACAAACAACAAAUUUUUUGAAAUUGUAACGAAUCAAAUUUAUCAUAAAUUCUCAAUUUUGCAAAACCUUCAUUUUAACUAAAAUCCUUGGGGUCCUUGAGAUGAGAAACGAAACAAUCUGGUCAAAUUUGUCUGUUUGGUUGUACAAAUUUUAGAUAAAAUAAUUCUGUCUGAGGAAUUUCAAUUGACUCAUUUUAAAGUAAUUACAUAUGUCUGAAAUGUGGAUAAACAAUUCGUUUUUUUUUUUUCCUUUCGAAAAUGUUGGUAGAGGUAGACAAUUCAAAUUCACCCAAUUUGUAAAAAUGAGACAAUUAACAAGUAAACCACACCUUCUUGAAAGAAAAGUAAUUUUUGGGCCGCAAACCCCAAUACUAAAAGCCCACUGUUCGAAGGCCAUCCCCGUGCCGUGAUGAGCCCGAUCCUUGACGACGCAGCCCACACUGAAUUCCCCUUUUUCCACUAGGUAUAAAUACGGAUCCCAAACAGCCAAUCACGUCCCGUUUUGCUUACGCUGAGGCUGAGCCCUAAACUAUCUUUCCCCUGCUUAGCACUCUUCUCCUUUUCCUUCGCUUCGCUUCGCUUCUCCCCCAUUUGUUUUUCCGACUGCUUUCUGCGGCCGCUCUUAUAGCAGACAUGGCCAGUGCUACUCCCUCCGCAGUCGUUCCAGAGCAUAACAAGAAGGAGCGAGAGGACGAAGAAGAGAAUUCGCCGGCGGCUGAUGACGAGGACACCGGAGCUCAGGUCGCUCCCAUCGUGAAGCUCGAAGAGGUGGCCGUGACCACCGGCGAGGAGGAUGAGGAUCCUAUCAUCGAUCUGAAAUCGAAACUUUAUCGCUUCGACAAGGAAAGCAACCAGUGGAAAGAGAGAGGAACUGGAACGGUGAAGCUGUUGAAGCAUAAGGACAAUGGCAAAGUCCGCCUCGUCUUUCGCCAAUCCAGGACACUCAAGAUCUGUGCUAACCAUUUAGUUAUUGCGGGAACGAAAGUUCAAGAGCAUCCGGGCAAUGAUAAAUCAUGCAUAUGGCAUGCUACUGAUUUCGCUGAUGAGGAGUUGAAGGAUGAGCUCUUCUGCAUCAGAUUUGCCUCUGUUGAGAACUGCAAAACUUUCAUGGAAAAUGUUCAGGAGGUGGCUGAAAGUCAGAGCAAGGAAGAAAGUGAAGAUGCUUCAGAGACUGCCAAUCUUCUCGACAAGUUGAGUGUCGAGGAAGGUAAGACCGAGGGCAGUGCAAAUGCAAAGGGAACCAGCUGUGAUGCAACUGCUGAUGACAAGAAGGAACCGGCGGAGACAGAAAAGAAGAAUGCUGAACCAGCUUCAUCAGCUUGAAACCAACAGGAGGAAGAAAAACCUUUGGGGUAUGUUUGUGGUUUGUGGAAGUCAUUUGACCAGCUGCAGUCAGUAAUAUGCGUAGGCACAAAAAGGGGUACGAAGCAAGAAAGAAGAACCUGUGGUGUGUGAGAUUGAUGGUGUGGUUGGUCAUAGGUUUUGCGAUCGCAAUAUAAUACGGUUAAGUUAGGGCGAUUUAAACUCGUUUGUUUUGACUUUUGAGUCUGUCUUUGGUAAAAAGUCGAGGUCUCGAAUGGUGGUUGUUGGGUACAGUGUGUUUCCAGUGGUCUUGUCUGGACUGGUUCGGUUUGCCUCGGCAACGUUAGUCAUCGAAAGUCAGCUUCUUGUCUGCAGUUCUAUUGAACAAGAAGAGUUGGUCGUUGGUCUUGUGCUGGUGUCGGGUUGAUGAAUAUACCACCUUAUUCUGUCUGUGGAAUCAUCUGUUUGGAAUGGGCGGUCUUUGAAGAAUGCGAUAUUUAUGCUUUCUUUUGUGGAGUUUUAUUAGGGCUAUGUUAAGCAGCUACCAAUUUUACCCUUACCCUCAUUGCUAACCUACAUUUAACGAUUAAAUCAUUAAUCCAUAAGUAGAAUGUGUGUAGAUAAACGGAAGAUGAAAAUCUCUUAGUCGGUAGGGCUAUAACAUUGGCCCGAACUACUCACUGGUCCAGCCUGACCCGAUAUAACCUCGAGGGUCGGGUAGGAUCAAUAAGACUUUAGGGUCAAA